AUGUCGCGUCCUUCCCAGCCCGAGCUCAAGAAGUUCAUGGACCGCCGCCUGUUCAUCCACCUGCAAGGCGGCCGCAACGUGUCAGGUAUCCUGCGCGGUUUCGACAUGUUCCUCAACCUCGUCCUCGACCAGGCGUACGAGGAGGUCGGCGGCGGCCAGCGCAAGCCCGCAGGCAUGGUGGUCAUCCGCGGAAACUCGGUGCAGGCAAUGGAGCUCCUGGACAGUAUGCGCGUAUAG